UCUCUGCCAGGGCUUCACGCUCUCCCUCGCUCGCCGGCCUCCCUGCGCCUCUCGCCCGCAGCAUCGGGGCCCUUGGGGCCGGGUGGGGGGCUCGGCCCCUCCACCAGCCCCAGGACAGAGCUGCCUGUGCAGGAGUUCCUCGGAUUUACGUGCUGUAUCUCCUGACYGCAGCGUGUGUAUGUGAGGAGACAAGAGAGCUGCUUGCUUAUUUACGGUGUGAACCUGACAGACUAGGUGCCACAGUCACCUCCCCUCUCAUAUGAGGUUUCUGUGAACCUAUAGGGUUGUGUUUUUCAUUUUCACUGCUUUGCAUUUCUGCUGCUUUUAGAAGGAAACGGGACCUUCAUCUGCAUGUAUUUCCUCUGUCUUCAGUUGCUGAUCGUUACUGUUGGGGAAAUCACAGUCUGAGCAAGCACCACCCCUCAUUACAGAAGGAUUUGCAAUUGAAAGAGGAAUUUUCAGGAACCCUUCUCCAGCCUAGAUCGUUGCAGUUUUUGCUAGUUUCAAACCGGCUUAGCUUGAGGUCACUGCCGUUUAACAUCGCGUGCAUAUCACACAACGUAAGAUGAGGACGGUGAUCCUUGUUUUCCCUCUGUGGUAAGCUCUUUACUGUAAACAUCUGCUGCCUUUCCCGUCCGAUGCCGAUCUGCUGCCUGUGGGAGCCCAUGGAGGAAAGGCGGAUGCUGCUGGGAGGUCUGUUUUUGGUUUUGCAGUGCACUUCUUCAGCAGUGGAAACCACAGAAAAACGAGUUGUGGCUGAAGGAUCCUCAGUGCUGUUGCACGCACCAGAUAUCAAGAACAUCAACUUCACGGAGUGGGAAUACAUAAAAGACACCACGCCCGUGUUCAUCCUGCAGUACUACGCGGAUUCGCAAUCURCCACGAUCUACUCGGCCUACCAAGGCAGGGUGGUUUUCUAUCCAAAGAAUAGCUCCCUGCUCUUGCAAAAGCUACAGGAGACCGACAGUGGGGUCUAUAAAGCAACCAUUGAUCUGAUGCAGGAUAAAACCAGGACAACUCUCUUGGAAGUUAUCAAAACWGUACCCCAACCCAAGAUCCAGGGCACUUCAGGCCUGGUGGGUUCACCCAUCCAGUUGUUCUGCGUGCUUUCCGAAGGAAGAGUGGAUGCCAUCUCCUGGAAGAAGGACGGUCGUCCUCUCCCCCCAGAAAGAUGCUAUAAUCUCUAUGAAAAUGGUACCAUGCUGCAGAUGGAGAAAGGGGAGAGGGCGGACUGCGGCUCCUACUCCUGCAACGUCAGCAAUGCAGUAAGCUGGAAGGAAGCAGAGCUGAACGUGGUGGUGAUAGGUCUGCCGCCCCUUCUCCACCAUGCCCAGAGAAUGGCUGUUUUUGCUCUGGUGUUUGCUGUAGGCUCUACUGUAGCCUUCAUUGUCCUGCUCUGUCAGCCGGCGAAACUUGGCUGUGCCAUUCCUGCUGCGUGUGUGGUUAUGAUAUCUCACUCGGGUACAYUUGCCUUUUCCCCAGAAAAGAAAGUGAGCAGAUGGAUGACUGUGUUUAUCCAAGUACUGGUGUGUGCCUCCUCUCUUCUCCUGCUUGUCACCUCUUCCAUAUGGAUGCAGCAAGAAGGUGUAUCUGCUGCYUUCGUGCUGCUUUGGCUGUUCCUGUUUGCUACGAUUUUAACUGCCCUCCUCACAGUCGCACUGGUGUGCAGACCAGCAGCUCUCAUCCAAUUCCACACCAAACCACGGCUUGAUGUCACCUUAAAGGCUGCAACCACCACUACAGUUAUCAUCCUCCUCCUGUUCACCAGCCUUCUGCUCCAAAACUUCCAGCAGCUCCAUGAGCGAGGCUGCUCGGAGUCCAACAGUCUGACACUCAGCUUCGUCCUGGCAACUGCAGUCGUCCUGCUUGCGAUGGUGGCCUUCCUCCUGUGCAAUCAUAAGAGAAAAAAAGAAGAGACAAAGGGAACACCUGCAGGUCAUCCAUGACACACAGGGCACGACAAACUUGCAGGUGCACAGAGAGCCUCRAGAAGCCAAUCGGGAAGAGAACUAAGGAGUCAGCCCCCCCGACUGCUGCAAGGCUCUGCUCGCACGCUGUGGGCGCAGGAAGGAGCUGGAAAGGCCUCCGUUGUGACGAGGCAAGCGUAAGCUGCCCUUGUGGGCUAGCACCAACCAGCCAGUGAUUUUUGCAAGAGCACGCAGCAGAAUGCUCUGAAAAAUGCUGCUUUUCUGCCCUGCUUCCCUUCUGUGCCUUUGAGGGAUGCAGCCCUCUCCUUAAAACGAAGCAAGGAUCAGGCUGGUAGUCCUUGGGGGCAGCUGCUCUUGCUGCUGCUGGUGAAGACCGGCAGCCUUGCAAGCCCCCCUGAUUUGUGCCUUCUGUCCCUGAUCCCAGCAGCAGAGCGGGCUCGUGCCCUCCGCCAUGAGUAACUGCCCUUUGGGGAGGGUGACAGGGCAGGAGAGCAGCCCCAGGCCACACUGCCCUUAGGUCAUUUCCAGCCCUGUGCCUCUUCCCUGACUCACCGCGUGGCCUUCCGUGCUUUGAGU